GUUGCAUCAUAUACAGUGAUUAUCAAUAUUUAACCAUAGAUAUGAAUGAUUUGUUUACUUAUUGAUAGCAAAGUUUUUAUAUAAGUUACCAAACAAAGAGUGACUAUUUACGUAUGUGUAUUAAAAGGAUGACACUGAAUAUGGAGAACCGGUAUAUUUUCUUAUUCGUAACUUUAAUCCUUAUGACAUUGACAGUGGAUGCAAAGGUGAUGCUGAACAAUGUGAAGGCAAAUCCUAACGGGACGGCUGUGGCACCUCCAACAACCACGUCUCCUACCACAAAGUCGACAACAGUUUCUCCUGCAAAAUUAACUACAACCACGAAACCUAUCGCAAAGUCGACAACAGUUGCUCCUACAACUACACCCUCGCCACCUACCACAAAGUCGACAACAGUUUCUCAUAUAACUACACCCACGCAACCUACCACAAAGUCGACAACAGUUUCUCGUACUACACCCACGCCACCUACCACAAAGUCGACAACAGUUUCUCGUACUACACCAACGCCACCUACCACAAAGUCGACGACAGUUUCUUCUACAACUACACCCACGCCACCUACCACAAAGUCGACAACAAUUUCUCCUACUAUACCCACGCCACCUACCACAAAGUCGACACCAGUUUCUCAUAUAACUACACCCACGCCACCUACCACAAAGUCGACAACAGUUUCUCAUAUAACUACACCCACUCCACCUACCACAAAGUCGACGACAGUUUCUCCUGCAACUACACCCACGCCACCUACCACAAAGUCGACAACAGUUUCUCCUACUACACCAACGCCACCUACCACAAAGUCGACAACAGUUUCUCAUAUAACUACACCCACGCCACCUACCACAAAGUCGACAACAGUUUCUCAUAUAACUACACCCACUCCACCUACCACAAAGUCGACGACAGCUUCUCCUGCAACUACACCCACGCCACCUACCACAAAGUCGACAACAGUUUCUCCUACUACACCAACGCCACCUACCACAAAGUCGACAACAGUUUCUCAUAUAACUACACCCACUCCACCUACCACAAAGUCGACGACAGUUUCUUCUACAACUACACCCACGCCACCUACCACAAAGUCGACAACAGUUUCUCCUACUUCACCCACGCCACCUACCACAAAGUCGACAACAGUUUCUCAUAUAACUACACCCACGCCACCUAUCACAAAGUCGACAACAGUUUCUCAUAUAACUACACCCACUCCACCUACCACAAAGUCGACGACAGCUUCUCCUGCAACUACACCCACGCCACCUACCACAAAGUCGACAACAGUUUCUCCUACUACACCAACGCCACCUACCACAAAGUCGACAACAGUUUCUCAUAUAACUACACCCACGCCACCUACCACAAAGUCGACAACAGUUUCUCAUAUAACUACACCCACGCCACCUACCACAAAGUCGACAACAGUUUCUCCUACAACUACAACCAUGUCACCCACCACAAAGAAAUCAGUAACUACUACUCCAAAGAAAUCGACAUUACCUAUCACAAAGACAUCGAUAUCACUAACCACAAACAAAUCAGUAUCUACUACUAAAAAGACAGCAACAGAAUCUUCCGCUAAGAAACCAGUUUUACCUACCACAAAGACAUCAGUAUUAUCUACCAAAAAGGUUUCAACAUCUACCAUUAAGACUACAUCAACAGUGGUAACAACAACACAUUCAAAACAGAAGCAAAAUAGAACAUCAACUCAAAAGUUUUUCACAACGUCGAACAACUUAAUGACAACAACUCCACUUGUUCCACUUAGUAGUAAACCAUCAAAAGACAAUAGUAUUUUGGUUACAGUAGCCGUGUCAACUACGUGUAUAGCUGUUUUCAUUGUUAUAGUUAUAAUAGUAAUAUUACAUCUACGUAAACAAGGCAAACGAGAAAAACAAAUGUACCUGUCUCGUCUAGACUACAUAGAUGACGACAGUGAUGAUGAACUGAUAACCAGUAUGGAACCAGUAGAUGUUUUUGUUAACAGUAAUGAACCAACAUUUGUUUACACAAACCAAAACCAGGGACCAAUAGUUACCUUCAAAAAUGAACAAUACUGAAAACACAACUGACUACUGAAAGAGAUCUCUGUUAUGCAAAUUGUUUAUGAUAUGUUUUUUGUUUGGGGUUAUGUGUUUGUUUAUAUUAUGUCUUGCUAUUCUCUGUAAAAAUUACAGAGAAUCAUACUAAACAAUUGAUUGCCGAUUCCUGACUCCAAAGUUGCACAUAUUUUAUCUAUCAAAGGAUCAAGGGCAAUAACCAAACAAAAAAAUGUAUGCGGUUUUCUUUAAAACUGUUAAUAAAUUUCUUAAAGAAAUGAAUGCUUAAUAUUUCCAAGGGGCAUAACUUGUUAAAAAUAAUUGAUCAGCACUUAUUUUUAAGUGUAAAAAAACUCUUUUAUUGUACACAUGACAGCGCUUCUAUGCAAUUUCCCGGAAUUUCAAUUCCCCCACCCCCACUUCUGCAAUGUGUUUCACAAGGAGAGGUGGACCAAAAAAAUUGUUGGUUUUCUGGAUCAUUAGUUUGCUUCCAUCAUUUACUUCCCAGCUUUGACAUAAGCUCCAUCUUUUAAGAGUUGAGAGGACCAAUAUAAUUAUUUCAUUUUGAUUGCUUUUAAAAGAAUUUUACCAUUCAGGAAAGAAUUAAGAUCCCUAAACUAGUUUAACAAACAAAUAAUAAAGGCAUUGUUCUGUAACAAUUUGAAAAUUUUCCUGAAUGCUUGAUAUUUGAACAUUAUUGCCAAGCAAUAUAAUAUUUCCCACAGAAAUUAACCAAAAGUUGGUGUGCAAUAAAAUUCUGAUAUCAAUGUAUUGCACUAGUGUAAUAAAUCUUCAAUAUAAAUGACAUCAUCAACGACAAAAUCUUAGUUUAAACCAAUUUUUACUUUCAAAUAUUAUAUUGCUAUACAAUAAAAGGGUUAUUGUAUGAAUAUUACAUUUGGGGAAUAUUGUCCCUCGUAGAACAUAUAUUGCAAUCACAAACUGGUGCAAUAUAAAAUUCUACUUGGGACAAUAUUCCCUAAUAUUCAUGCAAUAACCCUAUAUUACAGUAUGUCAAAGUCAAAUGUAACUGGAUGCAUUAUUAGUUAUAUUCCUGUAAAUAAAAUACACUUUAUAUUUUUUUGUCAAAUUUAUAAGAAACUUUGCAAACUGUUGUUUUUUAAUAUGUAUGUAUAAUACGUUUAUGUGUGUGUGCAAUAUGUAAAGGGGGUCUGACCGCAAAUUAUUCUGUGAGCAAUAUUCAAUUUUGUACAUGCAAUAUUAAUACAUGUAUUUCGCUGUUUUUAUUUUCUAUUCUUUGUUUAUGAUAGAGCUGUUGAAUGACACUCUUAUUUUUUUUUAUCCUAUGACAUAACGAAUCUUUAUCAUAAAAGAUGACAGAGAAUUUUCUCUUCUAUCUAUCAGCUUCCUAGCAUACAGAAAACACAUGGAGAGAAUAAGUCUUUCUUAUUUACUCAAUAAAAAAUGCUCAGUUCUGUCAAUCUCACCAACAUAAUAUAACAAAUUCUUUUAUCUGAAAGCCUUCAAAACAUGAAGUAAAGUCUACUAGUAUUUUGAUUCCUGCUUCAUACACCAACAAAAAGGGCACACUAUAAUAAAU